AUGGCCCCUUUGAACUGGGCCUGUUCCAAAGGAUUUUUACAAGCUGCCCGGCUAUUGUUGGAGUGGAAUGCGAAUACCGAGAUCAUGGACCGAGAAGGAUUUAGGCCUCUACAUAAGGCCGUGACCAACAAAAACUUCGCGCUUGCUCGGUUGCUAUUGGACAAGGGAGCAGACAUCAAGGCAAAAACAAAAGCUGGCACGACUUUACUUGAAGAUGCGAUUCAGCGCAAUUCUUCGGACGGGGCGAGCUUCCUAAUCGAUCGCGAAGCAACAAUCAUCGAAGAACCGAACACGUUUGGCCUAACACCCAUUUUUCUUGCCUCCACCUUGAAAGACACCACUUUUCUACGUCUCUUGAUCGACCGUGGAGCCAACAUCCAGGCACUGGGCAAGAACGCUUCAAGCCCUUUACAUCAAGCUGCUCUGUCAGGAUUUGCGGAGGGUGUGGCAGUAUUACUCCAACGUGGAGCAAAAGUCGACGAAAGGGACCACCUCAAUGCGACACCUUUGCAAUACGCAGCCGAGAACAAGAAAGGAUCUCAACAUGGCAACAGAGCCACGGCUGAGGUGUUGAUCAAGCGAGGAGCCAAUCUGGAAGCAAGAAAUCCUUCCACCAGCUUGACUCCCCUAGCUCUAGCAGCAGAAGCUGGUCAUGUAGGCGUGAUCAGCGUGCUCAUUCACGGUGGUGCUAAGAUCGAUUGCCAAAAUGAUACACUGGGCCGCACAGCAUUGCACCUAGCUGCUGUCAAUGAUAAGACCGGUGCCAUCGAAGAGCUACUAAAAUUCGGGGCUGAUCUCGAGGCUAGAUCAAACGCUAAGCAUACGGCGAUUUUCUACGCCAUCCGAAAUGGCAAGGAGGCGGCUUUCAAUCUUCUCCUUUCGAGAGGAGCUAACAUUAGAGUGAGAGGCCCCGAGGGAGGAUACCCUCUUCCAUAUGCUCGAGAGGUCGCCCAAAAAUAUCCCGAAAUUGGGGGUCUACCACAAAUGGCAGCAAUAAUCAGCCGUCUGGAGCGGGAGCGGUUGGGCAGAGAAGUUUGA